CUUGCUCGUUGUCUGCCCGUUAGGCAUGGCAUCUAUAAAGAAGGACGACGAAAGUGGUAUCAAUCAGUAUUAUCACAACAAGACAACUGUAAUCCAAGAAGCCCGUGUCUUCAACGAGUCGCCCGUUAGCCCUCGAAAAUGUAGAGCAUUGCUGGCACAAAUUGUCUAUCUGCUAUAUGUUGGAGAAACGUUCAGCACACAGGAGGCAACGACGCUCUUCUUUGGUGUAACAAAGCUGUUUCAGCACAAAGACAGUGCACUUCGACAGGCUGUUUAUCUGGCUAUCAAGGAGCUUGCUGCGACAGCUGAGGAUGUCAUAAUGGUGACGAGUAGCAUCAUGAAGGACAUGCAACCUAACUCAGAGGUCAUUUACCGGCCAAAUGCUAUUCGAGCAUUAUGUCGUAUAAUUGAUCCUUCAAUGGCACAAGGUGUUGAACGUUUCUUCAAGGCAGCUAUCGUCGAUCGCAAUCCUUCGAUUUCUUCUGCCGCACUUGUAUCGUCGUAUCAUCUCUUCCUCUCUGCAAAAGAUGUUGUAAAACGUUGGGCAAACGAGGCACAAGAAGCUGUCAAUGCAAAGAGCUCGUCAAAUCUCUUCAGUAGCUCGCUGGGUGGCAGCUCGUAUCUCGGCUUCGGUUCUUCAUCACAACAAAACAGUUCAUACCAGCCUAUCCCAUCGACGAGCUACAUUACUCAAUACCACGCUCUUGGCUUGCUUUAUCUUAUUCGACAGCAAGACAGGAUGGCAGUGACAAAGAUGAUACAGCAACUGGGCGGUGGAAAAUCAGGCGCGGGCACAACACUCAAAAAUGCAAUGGCUUUGUGCAUGUUGAUUCGUUAUGCCGCCAAAGUUAUGGACGAAGAUCCCAAUGUACAAAAACAAAUGUUCGAGUUGCUUGAAGGUUGGCUUCGUCACAAGAGCGACAUGGUCAAUAUCGAGGCUGCUCGUGCCAUUUGCGAGAUGAAAAACGUUACAGGACAACAGUUGAUUCGACCUAUCUCUGUUCUCCAACUAUGCCUGAGCUCACCCAAGACGACAUUAAAAUUCGCUGCAAUUCGGACAUUAGCUAGCCUGGCACUCACCCAUCCUGGAAGUGUGGCAACGUGCAACGUUGAGAUGGAGCAUCUCAUCUCAGAUCCCAAUAGGAGCAUCGCAACGUAUGCAAUCACGACAUUAUUGAAGACCGGCACGGAAGCAUCAGUGGAUCGACUUAUGAAACAAAUUUCUGGAUUUAUGACCGAAAUCAGUGAUGAAUUCAAGGUCAUUGUGGUUGAUGCCAUCCGGUCAUUGUGUCUCAAGUUCCCCGCGAAGCAAGCUGCCAUGUUGUCAUUCCUCUCUGGUGUUCUAAGGGACGAAGGCGGCUAUGACUUCAAGCGUGCCGUUGUGGAGGCAAUCUUUGACAUGAUUAAGUUUAUCUCCGAAUGCAAGGAGCAGGCGCUAUCACAUCUUUGCGAAUUCAUUGAAGAUUGCGAGUUUACGAAGUUGUCCGUCCGUAUUCUCCAUCUACUCGGGAUUGAGGGACCGAAAAUGCCACAACCAGCGAAAUUCAUUCGUUACAUAUACAACCGUGUCGUACUUGAAAAUGCGAUAGUACGCGCUGCGGCCGUGUCAAGCCUGGCGAAGUUUGGUGUCAAUGUGGCAGACUCAUCCAUGCAGAAGAGCAUACGUGUCCUCCUUAAUAGAUGCUUAGAGGACGUCGACGAUGAAGUCCGGGACCGUGCUGCUUUCUAUCUCAAAGUCUUGGAUGAACAGGUGCUGGCACAGACGUACGUUAAAGAAGAUUCUGUCUUUUCACUUUCUGUUCUCGAGGCAAACCUCGUCUCAUAUGUCAAGGACCCUUCUGCAUCAACAAAGCCGUUCAGCUUUGACAAUAUACCAAAGAUUAGUCGCGAACAGGCGGCUAAAGAGAGCGCACGUCCAAGCACUCUGGACACUAUUGCCGCACCUUCUGCUAAACCAGCAGCAGCUACACCUCCACCUCGUACUGAUGCAGAAACUCGAUCAGCAUAUGCAGAGCAACUGGCCGAAGUGCCAGAGUUUGCUGAUUAUGGACCAGUGCUUAAUAGUAGUACUAAACCCGCUCAGCUCACUGAAAGUGAGACUGAAUACCAGGUUUCUUGCGUCAAGCAUAUCUUCAAGGAAUAUGUUGUCUUCCAGUUCAACGUGUCGAAUACAAUGCCAGAUACUGUACUUGAGCAGGUCUCAGUUAUUAUGCAGCCCCAGGCCGACUCUGGGUUAACAGAAAAAUUCAUCAUCCCUAUACCCUCGCUCGCUCAAGCUACCUCUCCGGGCAUCGUCUAUGUAUCAUUCGCGCGCGAUUCACCAGAAGAAUAUGCUGUUGCGUCCUUCCAAUGCAUUCUCAAAUUCAUCAGCAAGGAGGUCGAUCCCUCGAGUGGCGAGCCGGAAGAGGAGGGUUAUGAAGAUGAAUACCAACUUGAAGAGGUCGAACUCGCGCCCGGUGGAGAUUAUAUCAUUCCUAGCUAUGCAUCGUUUGCUGCUGAAUGGGAUCGUCUACGUGCUGGAGCAACAGCAACGGAAACGUUUGCAUUAUCAGCAAUGGAGAGCAUAAAAGCUGCAUGCGAUUCAAUCAUCGAAAUUCUGAACAUGGAGGCACUUGGCGGAACGGAGAACCCAUCCUCGACAUCUGUGCACACUCUGCAACUGUCAGGUCUGGUGAUUGGCGGCGGAGGGAAAGUUCUAGUUCGCUGUCGAAUGACGUAUUCAUCCAGUGCUGGCGUGACUUUGGAACUGGGUGUCCGCGCGGAAAGGGCAGAGACUUGCAACUUGGUCGUGGCAGCUAUUGGCGGGUAAACCACUUUGAUCGUGUCUUCUCUAGUUUAGAUUGUAAUACUUUGUGGAGCUCCUUGUUGAACGUAGACCUGUUCAUGUGC